GAUUACACUCAAGUCGCCGUUUGUCCACGAAUACGGGGACACGCCGUACUUUAGGCGAUGCAUCAACGAGUUUUCGCUGCAGUUUUUUGUGCGUUACCGUACGAGCAGAGAUGACCCCUCGCAGCACCGCUGGUCACGCCUGUUGGAGGUGGUGGAUCGCCACACGCAUGGCACCGACGCCGCCUCCACUUCGACCACGACGAAAGUGGCCCCACUUCAGUGGAAGGAAAAGCUUUUUUUUAUUGCAUUGCGUGUGGAAGGGGAGGAGAAGUGUGUGGAGCUCCCUCGACUCUCCAGCAAGCUGCCGACGGUGGAGGAAGUAAUGGAGUACUGUGCGCGUCGUGCGGAGUCGCAACUGCAGGAGGGGAGACACGGUAAUGAGAGGGAAGAUGUAGACAGCGUGAAGGGAGUCACGGCGAGAGCGCAACUUCCUACUGUGAAGGAAAUUACGGAAAUGAAGGCAUUUCGACAAAAUCAAAUUGUCAACCAUCACUGGACACCGGAUGAGGUGGAGGCGAUGCGGGAGCAGAAUGAGCGUCUGGGCCGUGUUGGCGCCUGCAGCGCACCAAUUCGGCUUACCGUGACGUCACUGCAUAAUAUGCGACUGGAGACGGAGCUUGGCAUUGCAUCCAGUCGACAUAUGACAGGACACACCGCCACCGCAAUGGAGCGGCGAAGUUCGACGCAAUUGAGUCUCCAUGGCCAUGCCAAUUCCCCGGCAACAUCCCAAAGCCCCAUCCGGUCGCAAAGUCUCCGGGGCAGUGGCGCGUCGCUUGCCGAUCUUACCGCCUCGCCGCUUCCUGCCACUCCAGUGGAACCAUCAUCGCUUCUUUCACGGGAGGUAUUGCAACGAUGGGAAGAAAGUAAACGCGACGCGGAGAGCUUCUACGCCUAUGUGAGCGACGAGCAUAGGAGUGCGUACAUGAAAAAGAUUGCGCAGAUUACAUUAAAGAAUUAUGAGCGGAACAAGCUUGACCGACUGCGUGGUAUUGCCAAUGAAAAGCGUCUUGAUCGUAAAGGAAAUUUGUUGGAGUCCGGCGGAUUAUGGAUUGUUGAUGACCAGGUGCGUGCACAGCUGGCACGCAUGUAUCAGAUUGAGCAAGAUGGGGAAACAGUCACUGCUGCUGGUGGGGGUGAUGCGAAGAAAAAUGCGACGGAAGCACCUUCAGAUGACACGACAACGCCAGAGACUGCUCCGCCAGCGUUGAGUGAGGAAGAUGCCAUGCUGCAGCAAUUUGUUGCUCAGCGAAAGGCUCAGGAACUGUCGUUUGCGUCUGUACCGGAGGAAUUCAUGUCGAUCAGCGACGAGAACAGGGUGGAUGAUAAGACGGAGGAGGUGCGCCGACCACCCUCUUCGGCGCGGUCACCGGAGCUGUUGCUGAUGGACACAAGUUCACGAGUUUUGGUUUCGCAGCUCUUGCACAAGGCGGCCAGUAGCAUGCUAAAGCGCCCAACCCUCUCCUGUGCCUCCCGUGCGAGCUCGCAGACCAGCGUGGCUACUCUGGGUGGCGAACCCCCGAAGAAGGUCAUGCGUUACGCUUAA